AUGGAUGGUAGACAACAAGAGAUUGGGGGCGCCCAGGCAUUACUUCAGCUUGGAUCAAAGGCUGCAGAAGAAGAUGAAUCAACUUCUUCCAUCCCUCCUUUAUCAAAGGACUCCUUAGUAACUUCAGCUCAAGGUGGUGAGUCAGAUGAGGAAUCAAGUAAACAUCAGCAACCUCUGAAUAUUAAUGAUGCCGUUGAAGCUGCAGUUAUGAGAUAUGUUGGGGGAACUUUGGAGAAUUCUGGUUAUAGUUCUAAGAAGCAAAAACGUAAACUUACUAACGAUGACUAUGAUUUUAAUCAAUGGACAGGAUUCUUAUCUGACAAUUUAACUCAAGAGGAAUUCACAUAUACUCCAACCAAUAAACCGAAGAAGAAGAAAAAAUCAAAAAAGAAUCGUGGCAUUGAUCCUGAACUUGAUACUUUAGGUUCAGAUCAUGACCGGAUGGUGGAGGAAGCUUUAAAGGAUGCCCGAGAGUUAGCAGAACAUGACCAGUUAGUCGAAGAUGCUGCCCGAGAUUUAGAAAGACACGAUCAAUUAUUACAAGAGGAUACAGCAAGCAUACCUGCACAUCAGGCCCAACAAAUAUUAGCUGCUGCCAAUGCAGUUGUUCAAGAGUCGGAUUCUUCCCAAGCUACCAAGAACAAGACAUUUGAUAGUAAUAAGUUCAACCAUUUAACUUCAGUUGAGACCUUGGUUGAAGAAGCUAGCUCCCAAGUUAUGUCGUGGUAUAAUUCAUUAGAAGGGAAAGCAAGCGGUCCAAGGAGAUUUUCCCCUGAAGAACAAAAAGCCGUUGAUCAUUUCAUUGCCGGUUAUUGCCAUAUGAAUAAAUGGAAUAGACAGGAUGUAUGUAAUAGAGUUUGGUCCAAUGACCGUAAGAAGGAUAACUUUUGGGAGUCGUUAACAAGAAUCUUACCUUAUAGAUCCAGAUCUUCUGUAUACAAGCAUGUUAGACGACAAUAUCAUGUUUUUGAUAUUAGAGCUCAGUGGAAUAAGGCCGAUGAUGAACUAUUACGAAAAUUAGCUUUGACGAAUGAAGGUAAAUGGAAACAAAUUGGAGAAAUUAUGGGGAGAAUGCCUGAAGAUUGUCGUGAUAGAUGGAGAAACUAUGUUAAAUGUGGUGAAGCAAGAUCAGCAAAUAAAUGGACAGAGCAAGAAGAAGAACAAUUGAAAGAAGUGGUUAACGAGAUCUUAACUAGUGAAACUAGUGAUAAUAUCAAUUGGACAAUCGUUAGUGAAAGAAUGAAAGGUACCAGAUCAAGAAUCCAAUGUAGAUAUAAGUGGGCAAAAUUAAUCAGACGUGAAGCAGGCAUGAGAAGUUCAUACAUGUCAGAAAAGACUAAAGCGUGGUUAAUUGGUAAGAUUCAGCAGUUAAAUGUGGAAAGCAUUGAUCAUAUUACUUGGGAUUAUAUUACUAAAGCAUACGAGAAGGAUAUAUCCAGAGAAGUAUUACCAAAGGAUAAGUAUGAUUGGCAAGCAAUUGAUUUUCAAGUUGUGUUUGAAAAGCUAAAAAUGGGGGUAAAGGAUCAUAAACGUAUGAAGUUUAAUGAUUUAUUAGAUAAACUAGGAGAGAGAUAUAAUUUGGAAAGACUGACGGUACAACCGACACAAGAAGAUCAUGAAUUACCGAAAAGUAUAGGCAAGACCAAAAAAUCAAAGCACAAGUCACGCAUGGAUAAUAAUAAUUUUGAUGACCCUGCCUCAAUUGCAACUGCAGCUGUUGCUGCUGUUUCUGCAGGCGUAGACGAAGAAGAUGCGAAGCAACAAGAAUAUAGCUUAUGGAGGUAA